CUCGCCCUUCCCCGGGGAGUCCAGCUUAAAAGUAAUGGAACCUUUUUCCUGUGACACGUUCGUGGCAUUGCCUCCAACAACAGUUGAUAACAGGAUUAUUUUUGGAAAAAAUUCAGAUAGACUCUGUGAUGAAGUGCAAGAGGUAGUUUACUUUCCUGCUGCAGUUCAUGAUAACCUGGAAAAACAUCUUAAGUGUACUUACAUAGAAAUUGAGCAAGUUCCUGAAACAUAUGCUGUUGUCCUUAGUCGCCCAGCAUGGUUGUGGGGAGCAGAAAUGGGAGCCAAUGAGCAUGGAGUUUGCAUUGGGAAUGAAGCUGUAUGGGGAAGAGAAAAAGUCUGUGAUGAAGACGCACUACUGGGGAUGGACCUUGUCAGACUUGGCCUUGAAAGAGCUGAUACAGCUGAAAAAGCCCUCAAUGUCAUUGUUGAUUUAUUAGAAAAAUAUGGCCAGGGUGGAAAUUGUACAGAGGGUGGGAUGAUUUUCACCUAUCACAACAGUUUCCUGAUAGCUGAUAGGAAUGAAGCCUGGAUUCUGGAGACUGCAGGGAAGUACUGGGCAGCAGAGAAAGUGCAAGAGGGAGUUCGUAAUAUUUCGAAUCAGCUUUCUAUAACAACCAAGAUUGAUCGGGAACACCCAGACAUGAGAAACUAUGCUAAACAGAAAGGUUGGUGGGAUGGUAAAAAAGAGUUUGAUUUUGCUGCAACAUACUCUUACCUUGACACAGCCAAGAUGAUGACUUCAUCAGGAAGAUACUGUGAGGGCUACAAGCUUCUCAAUAAACACACAGGAAACAUAACUUUUGAAACAAUGAUGGAAAUUCUCUGUGACAAACCAAGUGGGAUUAAUAUGGAGGGUGAAUUUCUGACCACUGCAAGCAUGGUUUCUAUUUUACCUCAAGACUCCACCCUUCCUUGCAUUCAUUUCUUUACAGGAACUCCUGAUCCUGAGAGAUCUGUUUUUAAGCCUUUCAUAUUUGUGCCACAUAUCUCGCAACUGUGGGAUACCUGCUCACCAACAUUUGAACUUGAAGAUCCAGUUAGAAAGAAGCCACAUUUUAAGCCUGACAGAAGACACCCACUCUACCAAAAACAUCAACAGGCAUUGGAAGUAAUAGAUAAUAACAAAGAAAAAGCCAAAACAAUACUGGACAACAUGAAGAAACUGGAGAAAGAGCUAUUCAGAGAAAUGGAAUCAAUCCUUCAAAACAAGCAUCUCGAUGUGGAUAAAAUUGUUAAUCUCUUUUCUCGGUGUACAAAAGAUGAGAUUAGAAUUUAUACAUCAAAUAUUAGUUCUCCGUGAUCAUAUUAAUGGUUGGCAGUCUUCCUGAAAGUCAGAAUCUAUCACUUUGACAAAUAAUACAAAUCUAAUUUAUGCAAAUCAGAUUAUUCUUUAUUAGCAGUCAAAUGAUGUCUUGACUAUUAAAAUUGCACAUAGUAUUAUUGAAAUACUGAGAAAACAACUUCGGAAUUGGAUACAUAUAUCGUGGGAUAGCCAUGUGUCACUUCAGAUGAUAGACAUGCAUUAUUUUCUUUAGUCACAAUAACUUUUUGUCCUAAUAAUUAAAUACUCAAUUCUGCAUAAUGAAACAUUGAAAUUAUCCAUACAUGUAUAUUUAUUAUAAUUAUGUAGUACUCGCCAAUCAUUUUUCAAUUACAUCCAGAAAGGAUAUUUCUCUUCAGUAACAGAAAACAUCUCUCAAGUGGUGAGAUUUUUGUGAUUUAGGCAAAUAUUAAUCAGCUCUAACAAGAAAAUUUUCUAGAUUUACAUGUUAUCUUUAUCAUUAUAGUAUAUUGAUUCUGCAAAUGCAUUUUUAUUAAAUUCAAACAUGUUCUUUGUCAAGGUUUGGCUUUCAGCUCUAAUUAUCUAGCAUGUUUUGGGCCAUUGCCCUUAAUGGCCUUUUUUUUAUUUAUCCCAGAUUUAACAUGAAGGUACAGAUGAUUAGGUUACGUUGUUUGCAUUUGUUAGGUGAAGUUCAAGUUGUAGUUGAGCCGUUCACCAAGGGGGUGUGCAGCUAUACCCUUACUUUGUACACUAAUCUCUUCCUCUUCUCCUCUUUCUUUUACUUCCUUCCAGUUCCCUC